CGUUUCAAUCUCCUCGAGACCCUCCCCGAGACGCAGGAGGCCGUCCCCUGAUAUCCUGUGCAAAAGUCCUAUUGACGUCGUGUCUACUGGUCCUACAACAACUUGCGGCCAUGCAAGACAGCUCUGUCUCUGUUGUUAGACCUGAACAAAAGCUGCAUGACAAACUUGUUGAACAAAAGCUGCGUUGUUCUUGUUGAGAAAUUUUGUCAUGCGAGCGCGUGUGCGACACCGACACCGACACGAAACACUUUUGCAGCCCUGCAUAUCUGGAUGCAGAAGUGGAUUUCGCCCCACCAGCGGUUUAACUGGCACCACAAGAGGGACGCGGACAACUGGAACCCGCGCGACGCACCCCCACCCAUGGAGUCGAACAGCGGAAAGUUGAUCGCGUACAACGGCUCCAAGGCCUACAACCACCUGUUCCCUGAAAAGCAGUUGCAGCGGUCGGAUUCCGCUCCUCAGUUUCCCGCGAGAAACAACUGGAAGGUGAACAAAUACGGGCCAAAGGAGCCGGCAAGGCUCGGCGGGGGGAUUUCCAGCUGGCAACCCAGUCACUCCGAUGUACAAUUUGGUCUUUGGUUUUCUAUGUUCUUUGAUGGUAGUGUGUCGUGCGUUUCGAAAAUUUGAUGUAAAUUUCUUGUCAUGCGAAUAUUAAGUAAGGAAGCAUAUUAAGCUGCACAUGAUGUUGUAGUUUCACGAAUCGAACAAUAUAUGGUAUCAGGUUUUGUGGGGUUACCCCAAGGGUUUUGAGAAGUGGAACAAGGGCUCUGAGAUGACCAGAAUUCUGAACGUAUGAUAAGGAGAAAACCUUGCGGAUUCGCAUCUUUUGCACGUGCUGCGUAAAUUUCUAAAAGCCAUGUAUGAAUCAUGGCGUUGUACUAGCAAGAUUUUUAUGGUAGAAGUUUCGUUGCUGGUCGAGAUAUUCGAAAUAAUGUGCACGGUCCUGUAAUCAUGCGGAAGCAGUAGCUAGCAAUUAGCAUCCUCAACUUCGAACGACCGAGCCAUUUGUGCAGUGGUCGAAUCCGCUUGAUGAAUCAUUUUUCUCCAUACUUCCCCGCGCCUACCACCGGUGUCCUGCAGUACCGCGGCGGACCGUAAGCCGAAUCAGAAUGCUGCUCACGACGGUGAUGAAAUCGGGAAUUUUGAUCUGUACGUACGCAUUUUUGUUGAAGUAAUAGUAUGAGUUGCCUUGCAAUUGAAAUUACAACUAUUGGUAUGUUGUUACUGUAUCGAUGAAACGGAAGAUCUAGUUAAUUGUACAAAAAUAAUAUUUAUAGCAAGACCCUGCCUGCGAUAGGAUCGCUAUUUUUAUUGUACACCGACGAGGGAGUAGGAAGAGGAACUACAAUAUUAAAGCAAGACAUCGCGUGCCGCAACUACUUUUGAUCUGCAAUAAAGCAAGGACACCGACGCUACAGAGAUAUCUCAAACACUUCCGAAUUCAUUGUACAUGUAGAUUCGAGAUUUUGUACUAUUUGUUGAACAAGACAAACCAAGUCUCCACGACUUUUACAGGGAAGAACAAUAAAGCAAAGCGCAGGCCUGCAUGCGAAGCUUUCCUGAACGACCCCGAUUCAAUGAAAAUCAUAGCAAGAAAUAACAAAUGGAAAGUUAUCGUAGGAGGAGCGACAAUAU